GGAGUACCACACGAAAUUCGUCCAACUGGCUCGUUUUGCCAAGGACCUGGUGUCGACAGAGGCUAGUAUGACCCGCAGGUUUGUUAAUGGGCUUAACUUCGGGGCCCAAAAGUUCGUGACAGUAGCGGAACCGCGGAAUUUGAACGAAGCUUAUAGGAAGGCUGGUAAGUACUAUCUAGUACACCAGAAGGAGAGAGAAGCCCAUAAGAGAGAUCGGAAGAAUGCUAAGGUGGAUCAGCAACAAAAGAAGGCCAGAACCGACCGCCCUGAGCAAAGGCAAAUCAAUCAAGGUGGAGGAAAUUUCCAAAACCAGGGGCAGGGCAGAAACCAGCCAACUCAGAUGCGACACCAUAGAUGCAAAUUAUGCCCAAACAACCAUCCCGGGAAGGAUUGUGCGGGAAAUGCGGUGAGGUGUCGCAACGGUAACCUCUUGGGACAUCGGGCAUACGAGUGCAGGAAACCCACGAACCAGGGACAAAACCAGGGAAACAACCAAGCCGAGGGUGGGGUUAAUCAUGCCAACAACAACCGUGGUAAUCCUGGAAACCGCCCAGCGGAGGCCAACCGUAAUCCGGGCCAGGGAGGGCAGAACAACACCCAAGGCCGGAUUUACGUCAUGAACCAGGCUCAAGCAAAUGCGCACGAUGUGGUGUCAGGUGAUUAUCUAGAGACCGGAUUAGAGGAGGAUAACUAGGAGCAACAGGACUUAAGGUGAUGAGUUGGAUACCUAUGUGGAUUGACGGAUUGCUCGAGCUUGAGUGCGAAUUAGAAGAUGCCUUAGUUAAAUCUAGUCAUAAAUCAAACAUUUACUUAUUAUUACAUUAGUUUUUAUUGUUUUACUUUGAGUUGCCUGUGCAUUCGGUUAAGAGAUGACCGAAUGUGGCGGUAACACUCAUUUCCCUUUUAGACUUCCG